UCGGAGGGUUCACCAAAGCGCAGCAGAUGCGAAUGUGGUGACGUGGAGAUUGAAGGGAGCUCUCCUGGCCGGAGAGAGCGGAGAUCACAAGGGAAUCAUAGCCGCCACGGCUGUCUUGCCGGCAUUGGCGACAUGAGCAUACACCCAGCUAGUUUUCGGCAGGAGAUCAUCGCCGCCAGCCGCCCCCAAGCCGACGACGGGACCAGCAGUGAUGAAAACACCGGAGACGAGAUCGCCGUGGUGGACGAGACGGAUCCGGGCGAGGAAACGCCGCUUCUUAAGGGUAGGGGUACGUCACAGUCCAGCCGCGGUUCGAAAUCACCGUCGAAGCGCGCCCGGAGGGGAUCCGGCAUCCAUCAUUCACACAACCACAACAAGCCGAGGGAAUCGGGCAAGAGCCAUGGCCACGGCCACGGCGACUUGGGCAUGAACGCAAUGGUCCUGCACGUCCUGGGCGACGCGCUCGGCAACGUGGGGGUCAUCAUCACGGCGCUCGUGAUUUGGCUGACGGAUUGGCCGGGCCGCUACUACGCCGACCCUAUUGUUUCCCUCUUCAUUACGCUCAUCAUCCUCCGGUCCUGCAUCCCGCUCACGAUUGCGGCCUCCAAGAUCCUCUUGCAGGCAACCCCGGAGCACAUCGACCUCAACGAUGUGCGCGAGGACAUCCAGGCGCUCCCAGGGGUCAUCAGCUGCCACCACGUGCACAUCUGGCAGCUGUCGGACACCAAGAUCGUCGCCUCGAUGCACAUCCAGGUGGCGUUCCCCAUCUCGGAGGCCGGGGGCGAGAAGUAUAUGGAACUGUCCAAGAUGGCGCGCAAGUGUCUGCACGCUUACGGCAUCCACAGCGCCACCAUCCAGCCCGAGUUCUGCCUCGACCCAGCUCAUGCCCACAACGCGCCGGGUGGUGCAAACGACGACGCUGCGAUGCGCAUGGAUGGCGCGUCGGCGUUGGCGUCGGCGUCGGCGUCGGCUUCGGCAUCAGGCGCCGCGACCGGGAGUGCGGCCGCGGCGCAGGUGUCGUCAAAGUGUGGGAAUGUUUCGGGAGAUGUGUGUUUGUUGGAUUGCGUUGAUAAUUGUAUCGGGCAGGGAUGCUGCUCACCUAGCGCAUCGCGACCCGAGAGCAGCCACUCGGCGGAGGGGCACGGGCACGAGCACGAGCACGAACAUGCUCAUGAUCAUUGAGGGCGAGUCUUCUUUUGUUAAUGUAUU